UGCGCGCUGGGCUGCUGCCUGCUGGCCGCGGUGUCCUGCUGCCUCCUCCGCGGCUGCAGGAGCAACAUCACGGCGGCCGUCAUGCUCCCGGACAACUACCACAAGUACCCGUGGGCUCUGCCGCGCGUCCUGCCGGCCAUCCUCAUGGCGCACGAGGACCUGCACGGCAAACACAAGCUGCUGCUGGGUCGGACCAUCAAGAUCCUGAACUACAGCACGGAGGACCCUGCGGCGGGUUCCUGUGCGGAGAGCCGGGCGCAGGUGCUGGCGGUGGACGCCAAGCUCUACAUCCGGCCRGACGUCUUCUUCGGGCCGGGCUGCGUGUACCCGCUGGCCUCCGUGGCCCGGUUCGCGUCCCACUGGAAGCUGCCGCUCAUCACCGCCGGAGGCCCCGCGUACGGCUUYGACGAGCGCGAGGAGUACCGGACCAUCGUGCGCAGCGGGCCCACCACCACCAAGAUGGGGGACUUCGCCAACGCGCUGCACACACACUUCAACUGGACGUCCCGGGCCGUGGUGGUCUUCUACGACCUGCGGGAGGACGACCGGCCGCACUACUUCCUGUCCGAGGGCAUCUACAUGAACCUGAAGCAGGAGAUGAACAUGACCGUGGAGGCGCGACCCUACCUGGGGGAGGCGGACUACAAGGAGCUGGUCUCCUUCAUGAAGAUCGGCGGGAGAAUUAUUUACCUCUGCGGUCCCCUGGAGACGUUCCUGAACAUCAUGAAGCUGUUUCAGAGCGAGAUCCAGGACCCGGAAAACUACGCCAUCUUCUAUCUGGACGAGUUCGCGGAAAGCCUGACUGAUCGCAAACCGUGGCAGAGGUCCAACUUUGACUGGCCCAACGCCAUGGAGGUCUUCAAGUCUGUUUUUGUCAUAACUUACCAUCCUCCGGAUAAUCCAGAGUACCGGGACUUUCAGAGGAAACUCCACGCGAGAGCUCAGAGGGAUUUUGGCGUUCAUUUGGAACCAUCAUUAAUGGACUACAUCGCUGGCAGUUUUUAUGACGGUUUUGUUCUCUACGCCAUGGCCCUGGAGGAGACGCUGGCAGAAGGCGGGGCUCAGAACGACGGCAUUAACAUCACGAUGAAGACACAGAACCGGCGUUUCUGGGGAGUGACGGGAUUGGUUACCACGGAUGAAAAAAAUGCGAGGAAUAUAGACGUGGACCUGUGGGCGAUGACUAACCAAGAGACGGGGGAGUAUGGGGUUGUGGCUUACUACAAUGGAAGCGCCAAGGAGAUCAUUUGGUCCCAAAGAGAGAAGAUCCACUGGCCCAGUGGARGUCCACCGCUGGAUAAUCCUCCUUGUGUCUUCUCCACAGAUGACCCCUCCUGCAAUGACGGUCAGCUGCCAGUUCUGGGAAUCGUGGCCGUCGGCUCGGGCUUGGCGCUCAUCAUUUUUGGAAUCUCCAGUUUCCUCAUUUACAGGAAACUGAAGCUGGAGAAGGAGCUGGCAGGAAUGCUGUGGAGGAUUCGUUGGGAGGACCUUCAGUUCGAAAGCCCGAAUAAAUACCACAAACGAGCCGGCAGCCGGCUGACCCUCUCUCAGAGAGGCUCCAGCUACGGCUCCCUGAUAACUGCCCAUGGAAAAUAUCAACUGUUUGCAAAAACCGGCUAUUUUAAGGGGAAUCUGGUGGCCAUCAAGCACGUCAACAAGAAGAGGAUUGAGCUGACGCGGCAGGUUCUGAUGGAACUCAAACAUAUGAGAGACGUUCAGUUCAACCACCUCACCAGGUUCAUCGGGGCCUGCAUCGACCCGCCCAACAUCUGCAUCGUAACGGAGUACUGCCCCCGGGGCAGCCUGCAGGACAUCUUGGAGAACGAGAGCAUCAACCUGGACUGGAUGUUCCGCUACUCGCUGAUCAAUGACAUCGUGAAGGGAAUGAACUAUCUCCACAACAGCUACUUUGGCUGCCAUGGAAAUCUGAAAUCAUCUAAUUGCGUGGUGGACAGUCGAUUUGUUUUGAAAAUCACAGAUUACGGCUUGGCCAGCUUCCGCUCAUCCUGCGAAAACGACGACUCGCACGCCCUCUACGCAAAAAAGCUUUGGACAGCUCCUGAGCUGCUCAUAUAUGACCGCCACCCCCCUCAGGGGACUCAGAAGGGUGAUGUGUACAGCUUUGGCAUCAUUCUGCAGGAAAUAGCUCUGAGGAAUGGACCUUUCUAUGUGGAAGGCAUGGACCUCAGCCCUAAAGAGAUCAUACAGAAGGUGAGGAACGGUCAGAAGCCGUACUUUCGGCCGACAACGGACAACAAAUGUCACCCGGAGGAGCUGACCAUCCUGAUGGAGGGCUGCUGGUCGGAGGACCCGACAGAGAGGCCCGACUUUGGCCACAUAAAGAUGUACAUGGCCAAACUCAACAAGGARGGCAGCACUAGUAUUCUGAACAACCUCCUGUCCAGGAUGGAACAAUACGCCAACAACCUGGAGAACCUGGUGGAGGAGAGAACACAAGCCUACCUGGAGGAGAAGCGGAAAGCUGAAAACCUCCUCUAUCAGAUCCUACCACACUCAGUAGCAGAGCAGCUAAAAAGAGGCGAAACAGUGCAGGCAGAGGCCUUCGACAGCGUCACCAUUUACUUCAGCGACAUCGUGGGAUUCACGUCGCUGUCUGCAGAGAGCACGCCGCUGCAGGUGGUCACGUUGCUGAACGAUCUGUACACAUGCUUCGACGCCAUAAUUGAUAACUUUGAUGUGUACAAAGUAGAGACCAUYGGUGACGCCUACAUGGUGGUGUCCGGGCUGCCAGUGCGCAACGGCAAACUCCACGCCCGAGAGAUCGCGGGGAUGUCUCUGGCUUUGUUAGAGCAGGUCAAAACGUUUAAGAUCCGACACAGACCCAACGACCAGCUGAGACUCAGGAUAGGUAUACACACAGGUCCGGUGUGCGCCGGUGUGGUCGGACUGAAGAUGCCCAGGUACUGUCUGUUUGGAGACACCGUCAACACGGCGUCUCGGAUGGAGUCCAACGGCGAGGCCUUAAAGAUCCACGUAUCCUCAGCUACCAAAGAAGUGCUGGAUGAGUUUGGUUACUUUGACCUUCAGCUACGAGGAGAUGUAGAAAUGAAGGGCAAAGGCAAAAUGAGAACAUAUUGGCUUCUUGGGGAGAAGACUGAUGUGUACGUUAUCUGAGAGGCCUGCUGACCACGUGGCAGGAGCUGCGGAGCCGCUACUUUAUUUGUUCUAGAAUAAGUCCUUAACUGUGAUUUCCCUGAAAGGAGACGUGAACGACACCCUCACGAGAUUUAAAAAACAAGGAAACUCCAGGUAUAUUUAUUACCUGAAUACUGGAACUGACAAAAACUGAAAAAAAAAGUUGUUUUUUGUAUGAAGAGUCCUGAGAGUGAGUGAUUUUCACGGAUAAAUUCUUAUAUUUUGUGCUUUCUAUAAUAAAAUUUGUAUAGCGUGUUGGAAGUCAACGAUGUGUUGGCAUUUUUCGAGGCAUACUUUGUUUGACGGCACACGAACAGCAAUCAUUGUUACUGCAGGGGUUCAUCCACCAUCUAACACAACACACACGUGUGUAAAUAUGUAUAUCUAAGACACUGUAAAAUAUUUUGUUCAAUAAACUGAGUGAAACACUCUUUUCCAUUUA